GCAAGGACGGGCGCGAUUCCUUGUUCAUUUAUCCGCAGCGGAGCAGCACCACCAGCGCGGCGCCCAACCAGAAAGGAGGAGCAGAGCCAGCCAGGCAACCAACCAACUAACCAACGGACGGAAGAGGCGAGGCGAGGCCGCCGCGAAGCCUCCCUCGCCAAUCCGGCCACCCUUCCGCCCCUCCCUUGCCUUCUCGGGAUCCGUCCGAGCUGUGCGAUCUCGCCGCGGUUGGGUUGGGGCUCCGGCUGCCCGCCCAUGGAUCCCCGCGCGUAGAGGUUGGGAGGAGGGGAGUUAAGGAGGAGGCCCGUCGCGCACGAGAUGGACGCGAACGCCGGCUCCUUCGUCGCCGUCCGCCGGCUCUCCGGCUCCGACCGCGCCGCCGCCUUCCACCACUCCUCUUCCGCGGAGGUCGUGACGGGGUCGACGGCGUGGAUCGGGAGGGGGCUCUCCUGCGUCUGCGCGCAGAGGAGGGACAGCGAUGCGCGCCUUUCUUUCGAUUUGACGCCUGUGCAGGAAGAAUGCUUACAGAGGUUACAGAACCGGAUAGAAGUUCAGUUUGAUAGUGCAAACAGAGAGCAUCAGGAAGCGCUGCAGGCCCUUUGGUGUGCUUCCUUUCCUGGAACCAAGCUUCAGGGGCUAAUAUCAGAACAAUGGAAAGAGAUGGGUUGGCAAGGAAAAGAUCCAUCUACAGAUUUUAGAGGUGGAGGCUUCAUCUCCUUGGAGAAUCUAUUAUACUUUGCUAGGAACUAUCCGAAAUCUUUUCAGGAACUUCUUCGUAAGCAGAAUGGUGACCGUGCGAUGUGGGAGUAUCCAUUUGCUGUAGCUGGUGUAAAUAUAACAUUCAUGCUCAUUCAGAUGCUUGAUCUUCAAGCAGUUAAACCGAGGUCAUUGUUCGGAGCAGUUUUCCUAAAGCUUCUUUCAGAAAAUGAUCGAGCUUUUGACAUUCUCUACUGCAUAACCUUCAAGCUGAUGGAUCAGCAAUGGCUUGACAUGCAUGCUACUUACAUGGACUUCAAUACGGUCAUGAAAUCUACACGUCGUCAGGUAGAAAGGGAGCUGUUGAUUGAAGAUCUUCAGCGGAUUGAGGACAUGCCAUCAUACAGGCUUCUCUCCCGGUAGCUAGAAGGAACUGAAAUCUUAACAUGGCUACAUGUUGCAAGGCUUGAGUUGCUAAAGGACCCACAUUCGUUGAGAAUCCCAAAAUGUAGAUGCAUCUGUAUCCUCGUGUUUAGGCACUCUGGUAACAUGAGCUUUAAAACUUACAAGGUAGGGUUUUCUUGGUCAUAGCAUGCCACGUAGGAUAACUGAGGUGUCUGAUCAGCUGCCAUGACAGAGUAUUUGUAGUGUGUUGUUUCGAUCUGGUUGUUGCCCGUCAUGCCAACGAAAGGAAGUGUUACUAGUUUUUUCUUUGUAAACAAGAGGAUUUUGGAAAGGCCUAAUCUGAGUUGCUUA